AUGUGUCGUUUUCUAGUAUACAAGGGCAGGCAUGAGAUCCGUCUCAGCAAGCUAGUCACAGAGCCCAGCCAUUCCAUCUUGACGCAGUCCUACGACUCGCGACUCCGACUAGACAACCGCCGCCCCGUAAACGGCGAUGGCUUCGGCGUAGGCUUCUACACAGAUCCCAAACUGGGCCCUGAACCCUGCAUCUUCACAUCAACCCUGCCAGCAUGGAACUGCGAGAACCUGGAACGUCUCGCGUCCAAGACAUGCUCGAACCUGAUCUUUGCGCACGUGCGCGCCACAACGGAGGGGACCCUCUCCGACACAAACUGCCACCCCUUCCAGCACAACACGCUCAUGUGGAUGCACAAUGGCGGCAUCGGCGGAUGGCACUACAUCAAGCGCGCGCUGGCUGACUCGCUCGCCGACAAGUGGUAUCUCGGCGUGAAGGGCGGGACUGAUAGCGAGUGGGCGUUUGCGCUGUUCCUAGAUCUACUCGCGAAGGAGGGGGUUGAUCCGAGUUGUGAUCCUGGGCCAGAGGGGUUUGGGCAGGCGCUGCUCCGCAAGGUGAUGGUGAAGACGAUUGCCAAGAUCAAUGAGUUCAUCAAGGAUAUUCCGAAUCGACAUAACGUGCCUGAGGGGCUGGAAACGAGGAGUCUGCUGAACUUUGCAGUUACGGAUGGACACACGGUUGUUUGUACGCGGUAUAUUAGUUCGAAGACGGAUGAGCCGGCGAGUUUGUACUUUUCGUCUGGGACGAAAUGGAAGGAGGGCAAGGUUAAGGGCCAUUUUAAGAUGGAGAGGCAUGAUAAGGGGGCGGAUAUUGUGCUCGUUGCGAGUGAGCCGAUUACAUUUGAGAGGCACAACUGGGUCUCCGUCCCAGCCAACUCCAUCGUGACGAUACACAAGCAAACCGUGCUUCUGCAUCCAAUCUUGGAUGAGUACUACAGCGAAGACGGAAACCAUGAUCGGUCCUCAUGCUAUGCCGUCUCGAAGGGUCUUGUCAGCACAGCGCCGGGAACGACAGUCCAGCCGCAGGGCGCGGAUUCUCUUCCCAAGCCUGAUAUUAGGGUUAGUGCGCCAGGGCUUGGGCCGGAUGUGGCCACGGGAGGAAUACCAAGAGGCCAGCUUGAGGCAGCGAGGUAG